AUGGAAGGCGAAAUCAACAAUUUUGUUGUGGUAUGGAUUACAGUUUUUGCAUCUCUAACUUACUGUCACACAGUAGACAAAAUCUUCCUUACAGGCUACACAAGGCGCCUAGCAAUUCUGCCGGUGGUUUGCCUUUUUCUCUAUCUUCCACUCAAUCUCACCACCAUUCACCUCGGCGGCACCACCGCCUUCUUCAUCGCAUGGCUUGCAAGUUUCAAACUCAUUCUCUUUGCCUUCUGUAAAGGCCCUUUAUACUCUGACUCUCCGAUCCCCAUAUCCCGUUUCAUUCCCUUAGCCUGUUUGCCUAUCAAAUUUUCUGCAGGAUCUGGAAGUGUUUCUUCUGAAGAAACGAAAAAGAAAACCCAGAAAUCUCCUAUGAAUUAUGUUGCCAAGUUAAUACUUUUGGCUAUUCUAAUACGUGUAUAUGAUUAUAAGAACUAUAUUCAUCCUUAUAUCAUUUUGUUUUGCUAUUGCCUUCAUAUUUACUUUAUGCUGGAGAUGUUACUAGCCAUGGUUGCUACGCUGGCUCGAGUCCUGAUCCGGGUUGAGCUCGAGCCGCAAUUUGAUGAGCCUUAUCUGGCUACAUCCCUGCAAGAUUUUUGGGGAAGAAGGUGGAAUCUUAUGGUAUCAAAUAUUUUGCGUCCCAUUGUAUAUGAUCCUGUUCUGUCAAUUUCCAGGCGAGUAACGGCAAGAAAAUGGGCGACGCUUCCGGCAGUUUUGGCUACAUUUUUGGUGUCUGGCUUGAUGCAUGAACUGAUCUUCUAUAACAUUGGAAGAUUGAAACCAACUGGAGAGGUAAUGUGCUUCUUCCUGCUUCAUGGAGUGUCAUUGGCUAUGGAAAUCGGCAUAAAGAAACUGUUGAAGGGCAGAUUUACUCUGCCUAGGAUUGCGUCGGGGCCAUUGACGCUGGCAUUUGUCAUGACAACCAGUUUCUGGUUGUUCUUUCCGCCAUUCUUGAGGGGCAAGGCAGACCUUAAAGGGUGUAAUGAGUCUAUUGCAUUCAUCGAGUUCGUGAAGAAUCAUAAACUGGUUAGCCCCAAUAACGUUACUUGUCCGUUCCUAUGA